AUGGUCAGUUAUGCCGGGAUGCUGGUCCUUGCGCCUAUGGUACGUGCAGGAGAGCUUCCGACGCGACUUCUUGCGCUGAAGUUUGGUGCAGAUUUGGUCUGGUCACCAGAAAUUAUUGAUAAAAAGUUGAUUCAGUGCAAACGGGUUGAAAACAAGACUCUGGGCACCGUGGAUUUCGUGGCGCCCAGCCAUCAAGAUAACAAGCCACCUAGUGUGGUGUUCAGAACUUUCCCGGAAGCAGAAGCUGGCAAACUCAUUUUCCAAAUGGGAUCGUCCACUCCACAACUUGCCGUUCAAGCUGCAAAAGUGGUCAUAAAGGAUGUAGAUGGAAUAGAUCUGAAUGCAGGGUGUCCCAAACAUUUUUCUAUUCAUUCAGGCAUGGGUGCAGCGCUCUUGCAAACACCGGAUACGCUUUGCUCCAUUUUGACAUCUUUAGUCAAAGAAGUGGGCGAGCCUUACCAGAAACCCAUAAGCGUGAAAAUCCGUUUGUUGAACGAUGAAGUUCGCACUGUCGAGCUGGUAAGACGGAUAUGCAGCACCGGUAUCUCGAAUCUGACUGUUCACUGCAGAACUACGCCUAUGCGUAACAGAGAAUUGCCCAUUAGGGAUUAUAUUCCUGCCAUUUUCAAGGUUUGUCAAGAGCAGAACGUCAGUCUUAUAAUUAACGGUGCGUUUCAGGGCAGGUCCCAUUUCUCUCAACUUCGUGGCGAAUUGAAUCUUUCGGAAAAGAUUGGUGGGAUGAUCGCAACUUGUGCAGAAGCAAACCCAACCAUCUUUAGUCCUACACCACUAGCUUGGCAUGACGCAGCAAAGGCUUACUUCACAAUCGCAUCAAAAUUCAACCACAAUGUGAACAACUGUAAAUACAUGCUAACCAGAAUUGUUCCUGGGAAAUCCAAGUUUUACCAAUACUUCACUCGCUGUAAAUCCUUGGCAGAAGUCGAACAUGUCAUGAAACUCCUAAGCGAUGAUGGGCAGCCUUUAGGAGACCCUACGCAAUACCUUGCCGAGUGUAGAGAAGAAGAGAAACUGGCCAAGCAAGCUGCUGGUAACAAGGCAGUUCAAAAGGAUAAGCCGCGCGUUUCUUCGCCAGUAAAGUCGCUAGAGCUGAAGAGGGCUUUUGAAGAAGAGGAAAACGGUGAAGCCAAAAAGAUCAAAAGCUAA